CAUCAUAAUAAUUUGUUGUCAGUUUUGUGUUGUGCGUAGUUGUUGUUAUGUUUCAAUGGCUUGAUUAAUUUUAUUUAAUUUUUAUUUAACACUUCUGAUUUACUAUUUUGGUUUGAGCUUGACCGAAGAUGGCUCUUUUACCUCCAGACCCAGUUUUCACCAUCAGAAACGUUGAUAAUGUGCCUGUAUAUUCACUGGCAUUCAGUUUCCUACCUGGCGGUCUCGAGAGGUUACUAGCCGGCUCUAAAAAUGGAUAUGUUUAUGCAUACAACCUUCAGACCAACCGUGUGCAACAGAAGAUCAAAGUUGGUCAAGCUCCCAUCCUCCACAUCCUGCACACCGAAAGCCAACUCAUCACUCAAGAAAAAGGUGGAAAGUACAAAGUCUUUAAUUUGACAUCCAGCGGCUACCAAGAACAUGCACUAAUAGACACAGACUAUCCUGGUUUCUGCCGCUUCGCCGCCAACACAAAACUCGAAACUAUUUAUGUACCUGCUGAAGAUUCCAACAUAGAUAUCUACAACUUUGAUGGAGAGAAAGUGAACUCUUUAAAGCCAGAUGUGGACUUGAAACUUGGAGAUCCAAUGUGCUUCAAGUAUGUAGAGUUCACGGCCGAACAACCAUGCCUCUUGGCGGGCUAUGAGUCAGGGUGGUUGUAUCUGUGGGAUCUCAACACUAGUCAGUGUAUCAGUAAGCUGGAGACGAAGCAAUGCCCCAUGACGGUGGACUACCACCGCGAGCAACAACGAGGCAUUGUGGGGAACACCUCCGAUGUGAUACAAAUAUUUAGCAUAGGCAAGAAAGACUUAAGUUUGGCCCACAAGCUUGAUGUCACGAUUAAGAACCCAGGCAUCAACAAAGUUCAGUCUCGAAUUGACGGGAAGGUGUUUGCCUCGGCAGGGUGGGAUGGACACCUCCGUAUAUUCUCCUGGUUUUCAUUGAGGCCCCUUGUGGUGCUCACUGAACACAAACAAGCUGUGCAGGAUGUUGUCUACUCGUCCCAGAAGGUUUCCUACUGGAAUGCAAACAUCAUGGCUGCGGGAGGCCUGGAUGGUGCCAUCACACUGUGGGAUCUCUACAACCCAAAGUAAUUCUUCAAAUAAUAAAUAAACAAUAGAUUUUAGAAUAUUUUAUUCAGUAAACUUUUCAUUUGCUCUGUUCAUAGACAUAGAUAGAAUCUUGCCUUUUAAAUCUAAAGUAUGUAUUCAUCUCAGUAACAUUUAUUCUAUGAGUAUUGCUGAUGGAAUAAGUAUUACAGUUGACAAUUUAUCACCAGAAAUGUGCUUUAAUUAAUGAUUAAUGAUCAGAAUGUUUUUGCCCUGCAUUUAGCAGCUAUAAUUUGGAUCUCAGAAUAAUUUUACACAAUUCAAAUCAAGUAACUUGUGAGGUCAAACAGUUAGAUAGUAAGAUGUUGAGUUAAUAUAGCAAUGAAUAUUUUUCAAUGAACGUUUUAUUGAUAUUAUUGAACAAGACCUGACAUUAAAGUCUAGAUCUAACAUGAGAGGCAUUACA